UCACUACAGCCAGUGGCCACUCGGGUACUGCACUGAGCAGCACUGCACCAGCCAAGACAGCAACCUCAACAACCAUCGAGCAAACUAGCCACUCCUCCAUGGCCUCCCCAACCCGCUCGCCGCCGCCGGAGCCGGCCACCGAUGCCCAACCUCCCCUUCGCCCUCCUCCCCCUCCCCCUCAGCACCCGGCGAACGAUCCGCCUCCCAUCUCACCGGAAAUUCCAAGCCCUCAUCCUCCUUUUCCUGCCGCCGCCGCCGCCGCCGCCGCCCCUACUCCUCCGUCACCAAAUCAUUCCGGCGAUUCCUCUGGCCCCAUUCCUUUGCAGGCCCCGGCACCGCCCUCUCCGCCGGCUGCCGAUCCGUCUCCUCCUCUCACUUUCGAGAAGCCGCGGCCGCGAGCGACGCCCCCUCAUGCCCCCGCUCCGCCAGCACCGCCGUCUCCACCAGCACUGCCUUCUCCCCCAGCACCAGGGUCCCCGGAAUCCAUGCUGGAUCGGGAGCCGGCGGAAGCGGCUAGCGAAUCGGAGAACAUGACGCUUGCCCUUGCGCUAACCGAGACGGAGAAGGCUCAACCGCCGACGCCGCCGAAGACCGUGGAAGCGUUGGAGUCCCCAGUUGGAUCACCGCAGAAGGAAUCCGCCCUGACAAUUGCCAAGCUCCUCUCCGGCGAGGACCUCGCGGAUAUGGAGACGAAGCCAGCGCCCGAGAAGGUCGCUCCAGCGGCUGCCACCACCACCACCGUCACCGCAUCAGUCGGCAGCGCCGGUGGUGGAGGAGGAGGCGUGGGGUCUAAGAGAUGGCUUCUUGGCGGCGUCCCAGAGAAGGUGCGGCUCUCGGAGCUCAGGAGGGCCGAGCUAGGGUUCAGGGUUUCGGCCGCCGUCUUCUGCUUGGUCUCGCUCUCAGUCAUGGCCGCCGAUACCACGCCGAGCUGGUCCGGUGACUCCUUCCGCCGCUACAACGAGUACAGGUACACACUUGCUGCGAGCGUAUUGGCUUUUACUUACUCGGGGUUCCAGUUGGUCGUGGAAGUGCACCACUUCGUCACGGGGAAACACAUAAUUCGAGACCCAUCGCGAAAAUAUUUUAAUCUCGCUAUGGAUCAGAUAUUGGCUUACCUCCUGUUGUCAGCAUCUUCAGCAGCACUGUCUCGCAAUGAUGUUUGGGUGUCUCGGUUUGGAGUGGAUCAAUUUGCCAAACUUAUCAACGCUUCAGCCUCUAUGGCGUUCUUAGCUUUCAUUGCUCUCGGUCUUAGCUCCAUAAUCUCAGCUUACUAUGUCUUCAGCACGAUUUAUUAAACCAAUUGUAAAUCACUUGAUGCAAGUACUAUGUUGUAGACUGCUAGUAGAUGUAUCUUGGGCAAGCCAACCUUGGUUUUUGUAUCUAUGCAGCGACAAUGGACUCAAUUGGGAUACACGCUGAUCUUUUUAGAGCGUGUUGUGGCACCUGGGGACCAAUCGUCUGUAAUAAAUGUAUAGAGCAAAUCGUUCAAGGUAUGCGACCUUUACUGGUAGUAUUUGAUGAUGCAGAUUGACAAUUGGAAUGUUAUCUGCCUACACUAUUCUCCUCAGCAUGUGCAUUGUUGUUGUAAAUCUACGGAGGGGUGCCUCAAAUUAGCGAGUUGUCUGUUCAAAUUUCAAUAGAGGGUCAGGGGUCUCAGUUGAAUUGAUUUUAUC